AUGGCUGAAAAUGUACAUCGGGAAUCCCAGGAGAUUGUUGAUGAUAUUAAGUCGGGUCUCCAUGGCAUCCACGGCACCGGCGAAGCUAUUCGUGGCGGAGCAAUGGAAGCACUUGACACAGCUUUCCACAAACAAGAUGGAGAAGCCCAAAAUAGGGAGACUGCCGAACGAGGAAUCGCAGAAAUGAGAAGAGCUAAGGAUCGAUUCGAGGAGAGGCAUCAUCACCAUAUGGAACCUGGGCAUAGCCAGGGACAUUCCCAUCCGCGAAGCCACGGACAAGGGAGUCAUUUUGCCCAUACUCACGAUGAAGGAGAAUCUGGCGGGACGAAUUGUGGUUCAUCCGACCUUGGCGUUGGGUUAGAAGAGGGUGACAGGCCUGAGAGCUGCUAG